AUGGAAAGCUUUCUGCUCAAUGCCAGCGAUGACUUUCCGUCUAGUACCGAGUCUAGCCUUGAAUCUUUCCCGACCUCCGAUAGGGAGGAACCGGCUGUGAAAUUAGCCGUUGCGGAAGAGGUGGACAUCGAUCACAAAGAGGAGCUGAAGAGUGGAAGUAUUGAGAGUUUCAGGGAUCAGAUCGAACAGUCAUCUGUGCCACACGAGUAA